AUGAAUAGGGCCAGGAAUCAACGAAGUGGAAUCGAAAAAUUUACCACAGCAUCCCCAAUGACAAGCGAUAGGAUGCUUGAUUUACCUGAAAUGAAGACACUGAGAAUAACAAACAGCAUAUUUGUGAAGGAAAAAGAGGCGUGGAUAGAACUAAAUGUACCCAGGGACUUCAUAUACGAUUUAGAUGGGCUAUAUGUCGCAUACAAUCCAGAAUUGAACUAUAAGGCAGUCAUAGGGAAGGUGCCACAAAACAUAAUCGAUAACAUGAAUGAAUAUUCUGAUAGAGAGCUACUGGAAUACGUCAACUUCUUAGAGGAGCAUUUGGAGACAUUCUGCUCUGGAAAGAAACCAGAAGACUCAGAUGUGAAAAAGGACACCACAGUAAGGAAAUCAAGUAUAGAAUCAGAAUCAAACGGAGAGAAAAGUAGGACGAUGACUGCGUUAAAGAGCUACAAAUUCAACACAAACAACGCAGUGACUCCAAAUGUGAAAAUAGAAAAGUCAACAGAGAAUAUUCUGAUGUUUAUGGCUGAGAGAAUCAAUAUUAAGGCCAAAUGCAACAGAUGUCAGGUUGUAUUGGAUUUGGAGAGUGGUCACGAUGACUACAGCUGCUCAAAGUGCAACCAAUCUCUCGAGUUCGUCUACAUUCCAGUUUACAGUCAGAAUCAUCUUGGUUUUAUGCACCUAAAGGGGUGUUCUGCUGCAUUUUUUGAUAAGAACAAAUAUCAAUUCAUGUGUGAAGAAUGCACCAAAUGCUACGAGACAACACCAAUUGCCAGAAACUCGUAUUUCAGUCAAAACUGUUUCCAGUGCCAUAAAAAGCUCAGGUUCCACGUUGGUGGCAUUUCAUGGAUUCAGCAAAAGAAGGUUUCAAUCAAAGAAGGAGAGGAGCUUCCCAAGAAGGGAACAUGUAAACACUAUCCCAAGUCGUAUCGAUGGUUUCGAUUCCCAUGCUGUGGAUCUCUGUAUCCCUGUGACGUCUGCCAUAACGAGGAUACGAAUCACGAGAUGGAAUACGCCAAUAAAAUGGUUUGUGGCCUUUGUUCCAAGGAACAGGGCAUAAAGGCAGAAUGCGACUGUGGAAUGAGUCUGAAGAAGAAAAGCAGUCAAUUUUGGGAAGGAGGUAAAGGAAACAGAAACAAGUCCACAUUGAGCAGAAAAGACAGUAGAAAGUACACCAAGAAGUAG